AGGGCUCACGUUGUGGGGAGGAGGCACAGCAGGAUGGAGGAGGAAGCGGCCGGGACUAGGAGGAGAAUGAGCAGCAGACAGGACAGGCAGUGAGCGCCGCUUCUCCUCUGUCCGCACAGUCAUCACACCACUGGGGGACCCGUGAGACCAGCAGCCAUGUCUGUCACCACCAGCCUCCUGUGUGUCAGCCGUGGCCUGGGGAACUGAACUAUGGGAACUUGAGAGUCGCCGCGGAUGUGCUAGACUGGAAGAGCACUGCCAUCAGUAUUAUUCGGAGGAGACACCAUUGUCCGGGCUGGAUAUUUGCCACCUAUCAUGGAACCUGUCACAAAGUGGACUCCAACGCAAGUAGUGGACUGGAUGAGAGGACUUGAUGACACUUUGCAGCCCUAUGUUGUCAGUGUAGAACGGGAGAAGAUUAAUGGUGAGCAGCUCCUAAAGAUAUCCCAUCAGGAUCUGGAAGAACUAGGCGUGACACGAAUUGGUCACCAGGAGCUUGUUCUUGAGGCUGUGGAUCUCCUUUGUGCCUUGAAUUAUGGUCUGGAAACUGACAAUAUGAAAAACUUGGUGCUAAAACUCCGAUCGUCUUCCAACAACCUUCAAAAUUAUAUUGGCAACAGGAGGAAAAAUGCAUCUUAUGAUGGGACUACUUCAUAUAAACCUCCCAAUGAGUUCCUUACAUCAGUGGUAGAACUGAUAGGCACAGCCAAAGGCAUGUUAGCAUGGCUGGACAGGACACCAUUUACUGGGAUCACCGACUUCUCUACAACAAAGAACAAAAUCAUUCAGCUUUGUCUGGAUUUGACAACCACCGUUCAACAGGUCAUACGAAGUAGUGCUCUGGAUUUAUCUCAUGAAAUCUAUAGAAUUACAUAUAUCAUGAAGCAAGAAUAUCAAUAUACUGAAGAAUCCACAGUUGCUGAAAUGGAAGAUUCAGUUCUAAACGUUUCUAAAGUUCUAAAUGGAAUAUGUGACAAAACGUACCGAUUUACCACAGACCCUUUAACAAGUCAAAGUGCCUGUCUGGGGGAAGUCGUCCUAACUAAUAUUAGACCCGGGGAAGGGUUGGGAAUGUAUAUCAAAUCCACAUAUGAUGGGCUGCAUGUCAUUACAGGAACUACAGAAAAUUCGCCAGCUGAUAUGUCCCGGAAGAUUCAUGCAGGUGAUGAAGUGAUACAGGUUAACCACCAGACUGUGGUUGGAUGGCAAUUAAAGAAUCUUGUAGCAAGAUUGAGAGAAAAUUUGGGUGAAGUCACCCUGCUUCUAAAAAAGAGACCUACAGGAACUUUCAAUUUCACUCCUGCUCCUUUGAAAAACUUGAGAUGGAGACCACCUGUUGUGCAGACAAGCCCACCACCCACUACAACACAGUCUCCUGAAAGCACAUUGGAUACCUCACUAAAGAAAGAGAAGCCAGCAAUUCUUGAUCUUUACAUUCCCCCACCACCAAGAGUCCCUUACUCCCCAAGAGAUGAGAAGAUGAGUUUCAGUUACAGUGGUUACAGAGAUUCACACCCACGCUCAAAAGGUUCCGAAUCUCCAAAUUCUUUCCUUGAUCAGGAAAGCCGAAGGAGGUUUACCAUUGCAGACUCGGAUCAGCUGCCCUCAUAUCCAAUUGAAGUUCAUGUCCAACCUGCUAAACUAAGAGACAAGACUCCAAUGUAUGGUAAGCCACGUCCUCUAUCUAUGCCUGCUGAAGCUAGCUGGAUUGUGUCUACAGAAUCGUUUUCACGGCAUAGAAUGACAGGAAAAAAAGGUGAUGAAGCACUCUCCAGGUAUUUCAGUAAUGAGAGGAUAGCACCAAUAAUAGAAGAAAGUGUAUCAUCUCGUAAUUAUUUUACCAGAUCAACUGAGAGGCAUUUAAUCAGAGGAACAGAUUAUAUUAGGGGCAGCCAUGGUCUUCUAAACAUGGACUUACACAAUAGUGCAACAAUGCCAUACCAGGAGGAAGGUUCCAGGAAACACACUACCGCUUCAUCUUCAAAAAAUAGCACCACAGAACCCUCACUACUGGUCAGUUGGUUUACCAAACUAAAACUCUUGAGUCGCUGACAUUGUUUCCAUAGACAUUUACCUUUCAGUGCCUUUGCCCUUAUAAUGGCAGUAUUAUGUGAAGCUGGUUCCCCAGCAAUGAAUGGGAUUUGCCCUUCACAGCUUGCUUACUUUUGCAAAAUGGCAUCAGGAUAUGACAAUGCCACAAAUAAUUUAUCAGCAAUAAAGAGGAAAUAAAUAUUUUGAAAUCAUGUGUAUCCUAGCUAUGGAAAUUAUUUUUGUCUCCUGGAUGUUGUUCUUUUUUGUACUUUCUUACAAAGCUCUGUUAAAGAAACGCAAUAUGUGCAUGUAAAUUUUAUUUACAUUUUUUUGUGCAACUACUUUUUUAAGAACUGUUCAAGAAUUAAGUAAUUUAUUAAAAAAUAGUUGUCAUUUUUUUCCUUUUGCUGUUUACCAAAGGAUCAUUUAUUUAAUAUUGAUUUUAGGAUGCUUUCUUUGCAUUCUGUUUUUGGUUAACAAUUAUAUUUUCCUAAGGUGUUUAAGCAAUAUGAAAGAAAACACAUUUCACAUUUAAUUUAUAUAGAGCAGGUGGAAUUUUUGUUCAUAUCAAUAAGGCAUAUACAUGAAUGUGCAGAGACUUGUCUCGUCACUUUCUACUUCUUCUGUCAGCUCCCCUUACAUUUUUAAUUUUGUAAAUACUUGUAUUCCCCAUAAAAUAACAAUUGUGGAGCGUCUUAGGACUUUUCUUCAUUACGUUCCUCCUCUAUCCCUCCUAGGAAUUUAUGAAUAAAUUAACAGCUGGGUGCUUCCAUUUUCCUUCUAAAAAUGUUGUGUGCCU